AUGGGCGAUUUGCACGCUGACAACGGCACGUCCGACCUCCCGGACACAGCCGAGCGUUUGGACGAACCAAAGAGUCCCAAGAGCCCAGAGGCCGGGUACACCAAGGGCGACCUGAAACGCUCCUUGCUGCACAAAGUUGCUCAGCUGACGAGGGUGGUGAACCACUUGAAUUCAAAAUCAGACGAGCAGGAGCUGGAGCACAGAAGUUUCAGUGAGGAAGUCGAAGUAAAGAUUGAGAAGCUGCACGAAGAUGCUGCUCAGGCCAUGCGUGCCGAAGCUUCAAAGCUUGAAGAGCUUGCGAGCAAGACCUGUUUACAAGACAGCUCAGCACGUUUGGAGAGCCUCUUCGGUCAACAGAGGGCCGAACUGGCAGCAGAAAUACGAGCCUUGAAGACCAUGGCUUGUGGCAACCAGGCGUGUGUUACUGCCAGGGCCGACUCAGAUCUCUGUGUUUCGAUCCAGCAUGUCCGGGACAUCUCACAGCGGGUUCGCCAAAGUUUAGAUGCUUACAGGGCGACCUUGAAGCGCCGGGCGGCAGAGAUGGAGCAGCGCAACGAGGUGCUCCGGCAAGAUCGCGCUGUGGAGCUGCAAGGGGUGGAAAGGGACUUUCAGCAAAGGCUUGAUGAACUUGCAGGGUCCCUGAGACGAGAAGCCGAUCAUGUGAAGCAGUCAACCGAGCAGCAGUUGCUUCACAUGAAGCGCAUGCACGAAGCAGAGACCAGCUCGUGGCAAAUGCAAGUCUUGCAGAGACGCCAUGAGCGAAUCCAGCGCUUGGAGCAGGAGUUUAGUGACGAGCGCCGCAUGCGUGAGCAGUCGGCGACGAACUUGGACUAUGAACUCAUGCAGCAGCGCAAAGACCUUCUGGACUUCAAGGCUUCGUAUCGGCUCGUGGACCAACAGGUGGAGGCAAUGAGAGUCACGCUUGAGGAGAUGCGGCAGCGCGUGCGCACUGCUCAAGCAGAUGCCGACACUGCACGUGAAGAAGCUUCGCAGGCGGAAAUCGACACCCAGGCCUUGGCAAAAGAAAUCGCAUUGCUGGAGGUGCGACGGCGAGCUGCUGGGAUUCCGGCAGGAGUUGUGGUGCCCCCAAGCAAAUCGCCUGCCCCAAGGCCACCCAGGCCCUUGAAUGGUUUGACAGAUGAGCUUCGAGAGUCCAUUGCAAAUGCCAAGCAGCUGGAAGCGGAAAUGGCACAAGCAGAUGCUUACCUGGGCGACUUGGAGGACGAACUUGCAGAAAAGGACAAGACGGUUGAAAUCCUCGAAGUUGAAACGGAAGAGGACUGCGAGUGGGUGACCUACCCCGGCUGGCGCAUGGUAACGCCUGAUGGUGACUUCGAGUUCAAAGUCGGAAACGAGGCUCACUGGGAGGAGGUUGUGGCCCGCUUUGGCACAAAGACGGCCGUUCAGGAAUGGCGGGACCUGAUGACAAUCGCCAAGCCUUUGGGCGAGAUUUCGAAGAGUAUUCCUGCAGCAGCUUUGCGCGGCGAUUUGGGGGCUGUGCGAACGCUUCGGCGUUUCUUGCCUCGGCUACCUGCUUUACUUCUGAAUGGCCCGAAGUUUCAGGCUCCCUUUUCUGACCUGCUCCGCGAUGCAGGUGUUCAAGACAGCUUCUUGAAGAGAUGGAUGGACUACAUCUGCUUCGUGCUGCAGGCUUUGCCAGCCGACACGCAUCCCAGUGCCCCAGUGGCAUACAUGAUCUCGGACAUGUAUGAGCCUGGAGCCUUCCUGGACUAUCCGAAAGGUGGUAUGGGGGCGCUCAUCGGUGCAUUAGAGCGCGGUGUGGUCAAACAUGAAGGGCGGAUACGCUACAACGCCCAUGUGAAAGAGAUAGUGGCAUCGCAGGGCAAGGUGACAGGCAUCAAACUGCGAAGUGGUGAGCCGCUCGCAAAGAAGACAGCUGUCAUCAGCAACGCAAGUGUUUGGGACACGGUCAAGAUGCUGCCAGAAGGCACGGACUGGCCGAUGCCAAAGCUUGCAGAGUGCGGGUCCUUCAUGCACUUGCACCUGGGAUUGAAAGCCGAGGGGCUGCCGGGUGAUAUGCCUCUGCACUACAGCGUCAUCCGAGACUGGAAGGAGCCGAUAGACGCAACUGGCAAUGUGGUCAUCAUCAGUGUGCCAAGUGUUGUGAAUCCCCGUUUGGCUCCUGCAGGAAGACAUUGUCUUCAUGCUUAUCUUGCCGCAACCGAACCCUGGGAGCUUUGGCAAGGCAUGCAGCGAGGCACUUCAGAGUACGAAGCCUUCAAGCGUGAGAGGGCCAAGCCGCUUUUCGAAGCCGUCGAGAGGGCUCUGCCCGGAGCCUGUGAGAGCAUCGAGCUGGAACUCAUCGGAUCGCCGCUGACCCAUGCUAGGUUCAACCGCAGGCACAGAGGCACCUACGGACCUUUUAUGCCUUCGAGCGCUGGAAUGCUCCCGGGCCCGUCCACUCCAGUUGAUGGUCUGCUGUGCUGUGGAGAUAGCACAUUUCCAGGCAUUGGAGUUCCAGCUGCGGUGGCCAGUGGCUGUGCGGCAGCCAACGCGCUGCUCUCUGUGGAGGAGCACCUGGAGGCAUUUGGUCGCGCAAUCGAUCCCCAUGGCACUAGAUGCCAUGCGGAUACCAUGAAGAUGCCGAUAUGGGCAUGCUGCCCUGUGCUGCUGCAUUUCCUUCUGAGCGAGAUUCAUGUGCAAAAUCGCACAGCAAAAAAAGUCGGUAGUGCGCCGCCAGAGCCUGUCUCGGUUGAAAUGGCGAUGUUUCAGGUGCCUACCAGGCCAGCCGGUCAUGUCCAUGUAGAGUUCAGGGCAGGGCGCAUGGAUUGGGAUGGGCGAAUGGUGACAGCGGACAAGCGAAAGGGCAAGAUUCUGCUGUACACCUCCGAAGAAGACCAAUUGACGCAUUUCCAGUGGAUGGAUCGGAACAAGAACGAGGUAGUUACAGACCUCAUCGUCAUCAAUGAUGCCUACAUGGAGAAAGUCCAGAAGUGCACUUCCGGCCGGGCAUACAUCCUUCGCUUCACUUCCUCGGACAAGAAAAUGUUCUUUUGGAUGCAAGAGCCCAGCGAGGAAAAGGAUGAAGAGAACAUCAAGAAAUUCAAUGAGGCAAUUGGUGCCACGAUCCCAGACAAAGACAAAGCCGAGAAGAAGCCAGCAGAGGAUGCUGCCCCAGCUGCCGGUGACUCAGGUGGUGACGCUGGUGCUGCCGCGCCUGGUCCGGCAUAG